UGUAAAUGAUCAGUGUCCAAAUAACUGAAUAAUAAUGGCAGUAAGUAAAAUUCCUUCCCUUUUCUUCGCCUAUAUAUGAGGCUUGAUACUGUCUUGCCAAGUGUUGUGAUUAAGGGAGUGGUGGGGGCAGUUUUUCCAAGAGACUAGAACUGUCUGGUGCCACUUCCUUCGUUUUUCAAACCCACUCGUAAAUAUAACACCAAUCAAAAGGAAGCCCGACUAUCAAGCCCUCUUCGUUCAGUUGCUCUCAGCUUUCGUUCCCCACUUUUCUCCUCCCAAUUCCCAUGGCUAGAACACAAAGGAUGACACCGUUUUCAAGUUCUAUCUAAUCCUGUUGAAUCAUGAAGCUGAAACUCAAGCUUUAGUUUAGAGGUUGCACUGUCACUGCUGAAGCUAGAAGAACACGAUAUACUUUGAAGCAUGUUUGAUAUCUUUUUCGGGUGGAGAAAAGCUUCAAAAUGUAAAAAGCUGAUCAAGCGUGUUCAGUGCCGUCUGAAGCUGCUAAAGAACAAAAGGCAUACAAUAGCGAAACAGCUGCGGGAGGAUGUGGCAGAGCUCAUCAAACUUGGAUAUGAAGAAACUGCCUUUAACCGGGCUGAACAGCUGCUUAAAGAUGAAAGCAUGAUCGCAGUCUAUGACAUGCUGGAUCAUUUCUGUGAAUUUGUCAACAUUCAACUAUCAUAUAUCCGCAGACACAAGGACUGCCCUAACGAUAUCAACGAAGCAGUUUCAAGCCUGAUAUUCGCCUCUGCAAGAUGUGCAGAUCUUCCUGAGCUUUCUGCAAUUCGGAAGCUCUUUGGGGAGCGUUAUGGUCAGAGGUUUGCAACAGCUGCUGUUGAAUUACUUCCUGGGAAUCUGGUGAACCGUGAGAUAAAAGAAAAGCUGUCCAUAAAAUCUGUUUCAGAUGAUGUGAAGUAUAGAUUGAUUGAUGAAAUAGCUCGAGAUUACCGCCUACAACCUGAAAUUUUGGCACUUGAAUACAUUCCGGAAAUGCAACGACAGGUAAAGGAAACUAGUGGAGAUAAAGAAAUGGACAGAAAUAAAAGAAAAACUGAAGGACCCCCCCAAAUGCGGAAUUCAGAUUCUAGUGAAAUCGAAGGAAAAUCUGUGCAAGUUGAUCCAUUGGCAAUGAGUGCGAGUCUUUUGAUCAGCCAAUGUCAGUCUUACUCCUAUCCUAAUUCUGAUGCAAUUUGUACUUCCCUUAGUUCUUCUCAACGACCUUCACCAGAUAAGAUGGAGAUAGAGUCGCCAGAUCAGAUAAAAGCACGCCAAAUGGAUUCUCCAUUUCAAUUGACAGCAGAUUCUCCGGGUGGUGGAGAAAGCCAGAGCAUCAGCUGGAUUUGUACGACAACUUUCAAACAAACGGAUGAAAGAAUAAAAGCACCAUCUUCCUCAGAAAGUUUGCCUCAGUUUUCUGAGGAAGUAGUUGUCUAUCUUGAUGACAUAGAGGAGUUACAAUCUUCCCAGAGAAAAGGAGACUGCCAGGAUCAGAGACUAUUCAAGUUCAAGUCACCCAUCAUGCCUGAGAGAGGAGCAGUUGUCUAUGGCACUGACGGUUAUGAUGAAAAUUUUAUGGAUCAUGAAGUACAGGAUGAGAAGUCAAGCUCAAAGACCUUUAGUAAGAGUAGCAAUUCAAAUGGAAAAAAAUCAAGGCGGAGGUCAUUCUCUCUUGAAACUUCAAGCAUGAAGGAUACCGCCCACGAAAUUUAUUAUGAGAAGCCGUGCAAGAGUUCUUCAAAUCACUAUAGAAAGCUCCAGAAGAAGACAACAGUAGCAGAAAGUAAAGUAUCAACUUGUGAGCUGAAGAGACCGAAGCAACCUUGCUGCAUUGGAUUGGGGGCCGACAUUCAGGCUAAUAAUUUCAAAUAUAAUACUACGAGAUCAUCCUGCGACUGCAGCUUCAACAGUGAAGUAAACACCUCCAGCUUGGAAAAUCAAGGUUAUAUUUGUACUUUUGAUGACAGGGAAGAAAAGUUUCCUCCAAGAAAUGGAAAGAGAGGGCUCAGAAACUCAGGGCAGUUUCCAAUUUGUGAUGUAGAAGAAAAUUUGGAUGACAAGUUUUGCCAUAGCCAAUGUUCUUCAAAUGGAGCAUCUAAUGACGAAACUGGGCGUAUUACAAUGAAAGAGAGUACUCUUACGCAGAAUCUGAGGAUAAGAAGCUACGACAAUGGUGCAAAUGUGUAUGAACUUUUCACCUUGCCUAAAAUACAAAAGGAGAAAACCACAGGGAAAGUGAAGGAAUCUGACGCUGGUAGUCAUGUUUCUUGUAACAGUUCCUUCCCUAGUGUGGUUAGUUCCCAGACAAGAAAUGAAAUAGCUCCUUAUUCGAGGGCCAUGACAAUGCCCCAAGAAAGGCCUAGAGAGAUUCACAGGUACAGCAAUCUGCGAUCGAAUUCAUUGUCUUUUCACAACCCUAAUCACGUCCAUCCUAAGCUGCCAGAGUAUGAUGACAUAGCAGCUAAAUUUAUAGCUCUCAAGAAGGAGCAUCUGCUGCAUAAGCAGUGAUGAAGAAACCAACAAUAACAUUGGCAUGCACAGCGCACAAGACUAGUUAUUUUUUUGUUCUCCUUUGAAGGUUCUCUUGUAUUCUUCUAUCCUCCAGUUAUAUUAUACGAUCAUAUGGAGAAUUAUCUGUUUCGAUUACAAGUUUUCAACCUGGAAACAGUCAUUUGUUCUUAGAGUAGGGUGCAAGUACUGAGAAUGAAGCUAAUAAUUUGUCAAAUUUAGUCGAUUUAUCAGGCAUUGCAUUCAAUAUUACGCUAUACACAGCAGUCGUCGCUUGUCAACUGGCUGGCACUAUAUUUGGGCUUUCCUGGAUUGAGUCCAACUUGCCCAUAACUCAAGUUGAUAGAAUCCAAUCCAAUAAAAAUAAAGGGUAGUGCAAUAUGUUUGGGAAAGAUAUUUAACAUUACUGAAUCGGCGGCUACGAUCCCAUCCUGUUUUCGAGUCCAAGGAUAAUUGCACCCCACCACACCAAUGAAGAGAGAAUUACAUUUGUUUUUUUGUUAAAAAGGCCUUGGACAAUUCAGUGGUCACAUUUGUCACAUUUGUCACAUCAAAACAAAACCCUAAAACUUGAAGUUAUGCAUUGCUCCAAUCAACAAAAUACAAGUAAUUGCUCCAAGUCAGGUACGAAAUCACUAAGAUUCCAUUACUCCUCUUUCUUUAAGGACAGCUUUCUACAUAUUUCUAUCCUUUUGACUCAGUCAUAUAGUGCGAGACUUUACUAACUUUUUAAUAUUUGAGAAUAAGAAAAGGAUUCAUUAAUCAAACAAAAAAAUGUUUCAUAAGAUGGGUCAACUUCACCCACUUAGUGCAGAUCUUUUAUUGGAAAAUGCAUACAUGAUCUCUUAUUUAUAUCUAGCUGGGCAUACCAAACAGUUCUAUCAUGUAGACUUGCCACCUCUUUGUUUUAAGCUCAUGGAGCACACUCAAGUAUGAAAAUGCAGACAUCCUAUUUUAAAAAAAAGUACAAAAAAUGCUGACA